GACACGGAAUCGAGCUUCACUGAUGAUCCAUGGCUUCCUCUCUUCAACUUCUUCUUCUCUUCUCUCUCUGCUUCUUCUCCCUCUCCUCCAGCGUUCCCUACGAAGCCAUCCUUGACGCCGCUGACAUUCUCUUCGAUUCAGGCUUCAUUUCCAUGGCCCUGACCAUUGAAGUCGUCGCCAAAACCCUUUUCCUUCAAUCUCCUUCCCUCACCAUCUUUGCUCCAUCUGACUCUGCCUUCGGUAAAACGGGCCAGCCAUCGCUCGAUCUGCUCCGAUUCCACGUUGCCCCAAUGCCAUUGCCGGCGCAGAGCCUCCGACUGCUCCCUUCCGGUGCCAAAAUUCCAACAAUGUUCGGUAAGAACUCUCUGGUCGUCACCACACCGCCUUCUGAUCGAAGAAUAUCCCUCAACAACGUGAGGGUUAAUAUCUCCCCAAUCUACGAUGAUGGGUUCAUGAUAAUCUACGGAAUCGAGAGGUUCUUCGAUCCCAAUUUUAGGUACGUGGCGCCACAUCGAAGACCGCAUCGAAAUCCUGCGUGUGGUGCAACAAACGAGACUGUGAGUUCCAGAAAUUCUUUGAAAGAAUCCAUUAAAACCUUGAACUCAGGAGGCUACUCGGUGAUGGCUUCAUUUCUUGGAAUGCAAAUGUCUAUUGACGAGACACCGAUGACAGUAUUCGCUCCUGCUGAUAAUGUAGUGGUGAAUCACCUUGGGAAUUUCAGCGACUAUCCAUCAUUCUUUCUUCGCCAUGUUGUGCCCUGCAAGCUUCUGUGGAACGAUCUGGUUGAUUUUAGCGAUGGGUCAGAAAUACCGACGUAUUUGGAUGGGUUUUCUAUCAACGUAUCGAGGCUGAGUGGAGCAUUGAUGCUGAACGGAGCCCAAGUUUUCAUUCCAAACAUGUUCUACAAUGACGAGCUCGUCGUUCAUGGCGUCAAUCAUGCUCUGGCGACGCACGAGGAGACACAAGAAGUUGCCGAAUCUUCCUCUAAUUUGGAAGCUAAGCCUGAUGAUGAGGAAACUAUGUUUGAUCCUGGUGAAUUUUGAGGCCUGAAAUUUUUUCUACUGUCUGUUAUCUAGUACAUUUUCUUCGUGUGAAUUUUCCAUUACCGGCGAAUAUCUCUGUUGCAUUGAACUCUUGGUUUCACAAUCAAUAAACUUCUGAUGAGCGCUUGAAAUGUGGGAGGAGCCUGUUCUUCUAGACUAUAUGUGAUACGAAAAGAGAUUAAACCUCCUUAAACUUGGUUUUGUGGUUUAUGGAUACAGUAGGACCCAAUUAGUUCUC